CGGAGGGGGCGCUGCCCAUCGCCGCUAUCCACCCAUCCCGAGAUCGAACGGCGCCACGCACGGCGGCGACGGUCACAUUGCACAUUGCACGCUCCGCCCACGCCGAGGGAGGCCAUCCAUCGGCCUAGCAUCUCUCAAGGUCCGACGGCCGCGGUCCCAGCCCCGGCCGUCGGUGCGCAUUCGCCUCCGUUCUUGGAGAAGCUAGCUAGCGGCGAGCGAGCAUGGCGUUGGGACUCCGGGAAGGCGGCGCCGGCGAGCUGCAGGGCAAGGAGGGUAGCGGUGAGGCCACGGCGGCGGCUCCGGCGUACCGCUACGCCGCGACCGACUCGUUCGCCUACGAUGACAUGCCGCCGCUGCCGCAGCAGAUGGACCGGCAGCCGUCCGUGGUGCUCGGCGGGGAGGGGAUGCUCGGCGACGGCCGGAUCCCGGCGUCCGUGUUCGAGCGGGACACGUCGGAGACCGGCAGGGACUGGAGCAUGAUGUCCACCGAGUCGGUGUUCGGGCUCCAGGUCGCGCCCUCCUGCGACUUCACCGGCUACUUCCUCUCGCACCCGGAGCUCAUGGACAUCGCCACGCCGCCCCGCGACAGCUCCGCCGACGUCGCCCGCCCCUCCGCCACGUCCACGCCGCGGCAGUUCAACGCCGUCCCGGAGCUCGGCGACGCCGCCCCGAGCUACUCCUUCGCCUUCCCCAAUCUGAUGGAGGACAGGAGGUACAGCUCCAAGAAAGCUCGGCAAUCUAUCGACAUGCCGCCGACGCCGAGAACGGCAGAGUCGGGGGAGCCGGCAGCAGAGACGACGGCGCCGGAGAAGGCAAGCAGCAAACCGGAAGCGGAGCCGGAAGCGCCGAAGGGCGGCAUGUUCUCGUGGAUGCCCUGCUGCUCUUGAUAAACACCGUCAAUGGAUCGCCGGCGGCAAACACCGGCUAGGAGGGACGCUCAUCGUGUCCGGACCGUCACCGGCAACAUUAGCUCGAGCAGUCGGAAAUGGCGGCCAGAGACAGGAAAAGGAAGUGAGAAAUUAUGGAUCGAUUCGAAGGACAAAAAACACAAUCAAAACCAGCUUUUAAAUUUUUCUUUGCCCCAGAGUGGUGUCUUGUAAUAGAUUGCUUCCCUUUUUGGUCACAAAUGUCGUCCACAACGAUGAAGAAUUUGAGAUUUCUGUGAACUAUCCAUUUAACAUUUCAGAUCUUCUGAAUGUAUAUAACCAGAGGAAAAACAGGUUAAAUUCAUGUAA